AUGUUGCAACCAGAUUCCUGUGCGUGUGGGAUGAACAAUUUAGAAUUGUUCCAAGUCCCCCCGACUAAUAUUGCUUUAGAAGACUCCAAAUGGGAAGAAUAUUACCCCAUUUCCAGUACUUUAGAUUCGGAUACGGCUCCUAUUGAAUUUGAAAUUAAUGGACAAGGAGAUCAAUAUCUGGAUUUAUCUCAAACGUAUGUUCAUAUGGUGUGUAAAUUUACCAAAGAUGAUGGUACUAAUCUGACUGGAGCUGGCAGUACUUGCGCCCCGGUGAAUAAUAUCUUACAUUCCUUGUUUACGGAAAUCGAUUUCAGUGUCAAUGGAAAAAUAGUGACUCCUGGAACCGAUACUUAUCCUUACAAAGCUUAUCUGGAGAAAUUACUUUCUUACAAACCCAGAACUUUAAUGACACAGAUGAGAGCUUGUAGUCUGUGA